AUGCUGUCAGCUCCGGUGAAGUCGGCCAAGCGUAUAUCGUCGCUUUUUUCCCUCGGAUCCCACAAAGAGGCAUCGAUUCCCUCGUCGCCCGGCUCUCCCGGCGCUCCGAAGCCUUCCCCCGAUCAUCUGCCCCAGGAUGGACGUCAUCGAAGCAGUUCGCGAUCAGCUCGUUUAGCAUCCAAUCCCAUCAGUGUCGACUACUCAGAGGCGCGAACGCCCAUAUCACCCGGCCCGAACGAUAAUUUCGACCUGGAUGCCCCUCUUCCACCUCCCCCAUCGCUUCUCGCGGUGAACCAGGAUCUCGCCGGAAGUGCGCCCGGCUCACCGGACUCGAGACCCCAAAGUAGAGGCCGCAUAAGGAGUGGAAGCAGGCCUUCUAGCUCCGCGGGGCUGUUUGUUCCCGGAACUGGACCCGACUCACGUCCUGGAACUCCUUCGAAAAGACGGAGCUGGAUGCCCGGACGGGCGCGGGCAAAUUCCGUGGACACUAGAACGGCGCCUACAAGUCCUUCAUUACCCAGCGCUUGGAUUGCUGGGUUGGACCAGAAGAUUCUAUAUGACCUGGAACCCCUAUCGAGAGGGGAACAAAUUCCAGAAUUGUGGAACGAAAAUGGCGACACAUACGUUUAUCUUUUCCCUCAGAACACGGGCAGACCUGCUGCCUUUAAAGUCGAUUCCACAGUCUUUGCCGAGUCGCCAUCCCUGAAUUUCCUAGCCCGGGGAACCGACCCCCGGAAUUCGGGAUCCGUUGAACAGCAAACUCGCAAUUUGUCACUGGCAAGCCCCAUCACUGGUCCUGCAUCGCCGCCUCUGACUCCUCAAGACCGAUUGCCAGACGAUGAUAAUGACAGCACCGGUAGUAGGAGGAUGGCAUUUGUGGAAGAUGACGGACAGGACGAUCUUCAGGAACUUCACCUCUAUCUGCCAAUUCCCCUGAACAGUGAUGUUUCUAGCCCUAAUAGUCGUAUUUCGCAAGAAGACACGGAAACUCUGCUGUUAUUCCGCAACCUUUUUGCUUUCUUAUUAGGACAGUCUUUGAUUGCAACUCCCCGAUCCCCUUCACUUUUCGCCAUCUUCAUGGAUGUCGCAACGCUACUCUCUCGAUUCGAGUUUACCAACUUCGACGGAUCCAACUUCGGCGAAACUGCAACCACCAGCUUUGGCAACUAUUGUGACGAAUUGCAUUUGGCAGAUGUGCGCAAAAGCCGAGAGAAGACGAUUGAAGCCAUUGUUCUGGGAGAGCGUCUGCGUCACUUCCCGCUGUAUCUUGAAGGCUUCGUACAUGGUGUGGGCAAACUGGAUGAGCUGAAGCAGCUGAGAAGCCCUAAAUUUGGUCUCAUCAGCGCUGCUACACAGAAACGGUUGGAAAGAGGCUUCAUUGAUCUAGAUACACGUCUCCGAGUUCUAUACAGCAAGCUCAAUGACUUUGAUUUCCCCUCAGCAUUUGCUGGCGCUGCCAACUCCAACACGUCUGCCGAGAGCAAGGUGAUCCGCUUUAAAGCGUGGAAGGCUGCAUUUAUGGAGAUGCGACGUCAUACAAUUCAGUACUACCGGCAAAGAUUUGGAUCGUGGCCCCCCAAGGCACGGUCCAAGAAAAAUCAAUUUGAAGAGAGUGGUUUGAACCGCCAGGUCUUGAUGGAGCUAUAUAAUGACUUUGCAAACCUUUACGAUAUGUUGGUUGACCGGACUUCUCUCACUACUCGAACGGUAGAUAUGGGGGUAGAGGAGCCGUCGGAAACGGAUGACCUCAACACAAUGACCAAUAGGGCCCUUCGGCAAGUCUUGAGCGAGUAUGAUCGAAGCACGCCGCCUGUCCAGCCUCCCAUUCCUUUUGAUAUUCCCCAAUUUCCAUCUCUCCAGCCGCUACAGCGCAAGCCUAUGGAUGCCAAGAAGGAAGCCAAGAAGAACACCAAAAAGCUCAAGGAUGCCGAUAUCAAUGCCGUCCUGAUGGGAUCUUACACUCGCGAUAGCCUUAAGCCGACACCCUUUAUCGAGGCGUUUAUGCAGUUUGAACGUCGUUCUGGCCAUGGAAAGAACAUCAACGAUCUUAUAGACCUUCGAUGUGGCCAAUGGAUCUUCUUGUACUGUGUCAUCCAGUCUCUGCCACUGCUUGUGGUAGAUGUGCAGGAUGUCAAAUACGUCGAGGGGGUAGAGUACUUCCUCUGUAUUGCUCCUCGUGGUGGUGCUCCUUGGAUUCAGAAUGACGGAAAGGUAGCCCGAAGCUGGUUUGGUGUUGCAGGUGGGGCUGGUGUCGUCAGUUUGCCUUCUGACGUGGUUAUUAAUGGCGUGGAGGGCAUCUACCGGCGUAGUCACUGCUGGCGUGUUGCAGAGCAGUGGGCGGAGAAGGAUGCCAUUCUGGCGCCUCCGACGGUUGAGGACCCUUACGACAACGAGUCGUCGUUGUCUUCACCAUACCAGGCCCAACAAUCAUCUGCAGGUUCAUCGGCGGAGCAACAACCCACUCCCCUCUUGGCACCAGGGGGCAAUGGCCUCACACCCCCACCUGUCAUUCCUAGGACGAAUUCUCCUGCAGUGAGAAGUCGAGCGGAACAUCGACACUCCAUCUAUCCAGGUCUAGAGGCGCUUCCGUUACCGGCCGGCGUUGCUCCAAUUGACCCACCUGCUAGGCCUAUCAGCAGGUUCAAUCCCAACAUGAGUUUUGAUGACAUCUUAAAGCAGGUUCCAAAUCAGAAAGGGAAAAAAUAA